AUGGGAGCUCAAGUUGGUAUCGCAUUGCUAGCACUCCUACUCUCUGUCGUCGCGUACGCUGCGUACCGACGCAUCACAAAGAUAUCCUUGAGCCACAUUCGUGGGCCUAUAGCCGAUGCUUCGCUCUUAUUAGGAUGGACUCUCAACCUGAAGGCUUUCACAGGGAAUCUUCCAGAGUUGUACCAAAGCGACGCUGCAGCGGCGGAUCUCAAGUGGCAAAAGACCUAUGGCGACGUUGUCAGAAUCAAAGGAAUCCUUGGGGAGGACCGCUUGCUCAUCACGGACGCGAAGGCCCUGCAGUACAUCUACCAGACGUCUGGCUACCACUGGCCCAAGAUGUGGGAGCGCCGUGAACUGAGCCGCCUCGUCACCGGGCCGGGCCUGACCUGGGCAGAUGGUGAUGUGCAUAAGCGGCAAAGAAAGAUCAUGCUUCCAGGGUUUGGGACCCCGGAAUCUCGCGCCUUCCUGCCCGUUUUCUUGGGCACGGCCAAUAAGCUCGCCGAAAAAUGGAAGGAUAUGAUAUCUACAUCUGGUACCGACGGUUCUAUGGUAGUGAAUAUGCCUUACUGGUUGUCACGCGCCACAUUGGAUGCUAUUGGAGAAGCUGCGUUCGGCUAUCGGUUCGGAGGUUUAGAUGACGACAAGAACGAACUAGCGAAUGCGUACACUACUUUGUUAUCAGAGACAUUUGGCUCGCCUUCAUUACCGGCCAUCUUCACCAUUUCCACCUGGGCACACCUACCUGCAUGGUUGCGCCACCUGUUCCAGCAGAAGAGCGCAAGGUUACACCACGCGAGAGCGACGGAGAAAAUUGGCAACAGCGUGGCAAAGUCUUUGAUAGACGCGAAGGCGAACGCGCUGAUGGGGGGGAAGGGAGGGAAGGAUGUCAUGAGUUUGCUAGGCAUCCUUGCCACGCCGAUAUACAUCCUUCUAACUCCUGAUACAAUGCUACAUAAAUAUAGGACAAUCAUGCUUGCCGGCCACGAAACCACCGCAAACACGCUCAACUGGACGCUUCUCGAGCUCUGCAAGCAGCCCCACAUCCAGAACAAACUUCGUGCUGAGAUAUGGGACGCCGAGGCCACGCUCCGAGCGAACGGGCGCACACAGUUCGAGGUGUCUGAUUUUGAGAACAUGCCGUAUAUGACUGCUGUGGUCAAGGAGGCGCUGCGAUUCCAUCCGGCUCUGCACCAUGCGUACAGGCAAGCGGGCAGAGACGAUGUUCUCCCGCUGUCGACUCCUCUCCAGGCGAGCGAUGGCACAGUCGUCACUGAGCUGCCGGUCCCGAAAGGUCUCAAGAUCGUGGCAUCCAUUACAGGGUACAACCGGAACAAGCUGGUAUUUGGCGAAGACGCGGAUGUUUUUAAUCCGGACCGAUGGCUUAGACCCUCAGACGGGAAGAAGCAAACUGUCGUUGGGGUAUAUGCAAAUGUGCUGACUUUUGCGGCCGGAGUGCGAUCUUGCAUUGGUUGGAGAUUUGCUCUCUACGAGCUACAUGCCUUCAUCAUCGAGCUUAUCAGCAACUUUGAAUUCGAGCUGACGCCUGAAGCUGAGCAUAUCAGGCGCCAUCCCUGCUUGGUUGUGGCACCAACGAUAGAGGGGCGGGAGAAGGAGGGCGCGCAGCUGCCGCUCAGAGUGCGCAUCGCUGUCAAAGGGGAGUGA